AAAACGAAGAUUUCCGAUUAACAUGGAUAAAAUGAAUAGAAAAUGGAAAUCACGUGCAGGUGGUGGUGGUGGUGAAUCGAUAAAUAAUAUGAAAGCAAGACAAAUUAUGCACAUGAAUCGUUUCGAUGAUUAUCAUGGGAAACAAUUUGAUGGUGAAUCUAGAAUUAGACCACAAUUUGAAACAUCAUCGUCAUCAUCAUCAUCAUCAUCAUCAUAUGUGCCACGUGCAUCAAAAAUAUCGAUAAAAUCAUUUUUCUUUGAAUAUUUCACACAAAUUCGUACAAAUCUUUAUGAUUCACAUGUUUAUGGAAAUCUGAAACGUAGUUUACGAGCAAAAUUCAUUGAAUAUGGAUUACAAACAGCUAUACAGCCAUUUUUUUAUCCGAAACGAAACGAUAAAGGUCAUAAUAUUGUGGCCGUUUUUCCAAGCAUUUAUCGAAAUACAUCGAAACAACAUCUGGAUAAUAUACUAGUGAUUGGUGCACAUUAUGAUACAGUGGCCAGAUCACCGGGAGUGGAAGACAAUGGUUCCGGUUGUGUUGCCGUUAUGGAAUUGGCACGGCUAUUACAUCAACAUCGUUGUCGCUUGAAUACGACCAUAAUGUUUGUUUUAUUUGAUAUGGAAGAAGAUGGUCUGAUUGGAUCGAAACAUUUUGUUAAAAAUUAUCUAAUACCAAUUGUUAAUGGUAAACACCGGUUACCAAUCAAAGGUGCCAUUAUUAUGGACAUGUUAUUGGAAUAUGAUCCAACAAUCGGAUCACAAUUGGUCCAUGGUAUUGGGAAUUAUCUACCACAAUGGAGAGAUCGUGUACGACAGAAUCAAUUUCGUGGCGAUUUUACAGCCGUUUGGGCACGUCGUGAUGUAGAUACCGGAUUGUUUGAAACACUGCAAUCAAAUUGGCUAAAUGAACAUAAAUAUAAAUUAUUUCUGAUGGACAUACCGUUACCAAAACUUGGACGUCAUUUGACCAAUGGAUUAGAAUCGAAAAAAUUGGCACCAUAUUCAACAUUUUUACGUUCAGAUCAUUCAUCAUUUUGGUAUCCACAUUCGAUAAAAAAUGAGACCAUUAACGCCAUCUUGUUGACCGAUCUUGGACCAUGGAGACGUCGAGUUUCGAAUAAAUAUCAUAGCUCAAUGGACAAUAGUAAAUUGUUGAGUCGUUCGAAUUUAUUAUUCCUUAAAAAUAGUAUCGAUUCAAUAAUGAAAACCAUAUUGGACAUUGGUGAUGGUUAUUGUCAUCAAGAGAUUAAGAAAAAAUGAAAAAAAAAUCCAAACCAAAAAAAUUAAUCAUGAAUUACACGAACACACGUUGUUUUUUUAA